AUGGCAAAGACACAGAUUCUCUCUGACUCCAAGAUUCCAUCAUUAGAUGAUGCCUUCACUCGAGUCCUUCGCAUUGAAAGCUCUCCGACUAGUGUGUCUAUUCCUCAACCCAGUAGUGCUCUCUUUAGCAAGAACAAUAACCCUCGGGCACCUCAGAGGAAUAGUACUGAUCAUCGAAAACCAGAGUCUGUAGAGAUUUCACGAUCUCAACAUGCUCAGAUAGCCUCCACAUGCGAUAUACCAGAGGCGUCAGUUACUAUUUCUGCAGAUGAGUUUGCUAAGUUUCAGAAUUACCAAGAGUCAUUACAAGCGUCAUCUUCCUCUACUCCGAUUGCAUCCACUGUUGCCCCAGGUAAUAUAAAGUGUCUUCUUACAUCAUCUACCAAAUGGGUCAUAGACUCUGGUGCCACAGCUCAUAUGACAGGAUCGUGUGACGAAGAAGAUUAUUGGUAGAGGAUAUGAGUCAGGAGGCCUUUAUCUCUUGAUCAUCAAGUAUCGCAAGCUGUGGCGUGUCCUGUCGUUCCCUCUCCUUUUGAAGUCCAUUGUCGUUUAGGUCAUCCAUCUUUGUUUGUGUUGAAGAAACUUUAUCCAGAAUUUAGGUCUUUGUCCUCUUUAAUUGUGAUUCGUGUCAAUUUGCGAAAUUUCAUCGUCUUAGUUCGAGUCCUCGAGUCGAUAAACGAGCAAUUGCUCCAUUUGAGUUAGUUCAUUCUGAUAUUUGGGGUCCGUGUCCAGUUGUAUCUCAAACAGGCUUUCGUUAUUUUGUUACUUUUGUUGACGAUCAUUCUCGUCUAACUUGGUUAUAUUUAAUGAAAAAUCGUUCUGAGUUAUUAUCUCA